UGAGGAGGUCCAAUCGCCUUCACGCCUUCAUGGAACGCUACCCCUCACUGCCAGCAACCGGCCAUAUAUAUCACCUAGCCUGUCUGCGAGGCCGUCUCUUGUCUGCUAAAAUACUCAAAAAUAGUUUAAAGCUCCGUGAACAUAGGGGUGGAUAAGAUAGGAUCAUGCUUGAUAGAGAAUUUUUCACUGAGUAUGGAGAAGCAAGCCAGUAUGAAAUUCAAGAAGUAGUCGGAAAAGGAAGCUAUGGCGUUGUUGCAUCCGCCAUAGAUACUCACACGGGAGAGAGGGUCGCUAUCAAGAAGAUGACCAACAUCUUUGAGCAUGUCUCCGAUGCUACACGUAUUCUACGUGAGAUCAAGCUGCUCAGGCUGCUUAAACACCCUGAUAUUGUAGAAAUCAGACAUAUUAUGCUCCCUCCUUCUCCAAGAGAGUUUAAAGAUAUUUAUGUGGUGUUUGAGUUGAUGGAAUCUGACCUUCAUCAAGUUAUCAAGUUAAAUAAUGACCUCACUCCUGAACAUCACCAGUUUUUCUUGUACCAGCUUCUUCGAGCUCUCAAAUAUAUACAUACAGGAAAUGUGUUUCAUCGAGAUUUGAAGCCCAAAAAUAUUCUUGCUAAUGCUGAUUGUAAAUUAAAGCUUUGUGACUUUGGGCUGGCUCGUGUGUCAUUUAGUAAUGCUCCUUCUGCUAUUUUUUGGACUGAUUAUGUGGCUACUCGAUGGUACCGUGCCCCUGAACUCUGCGGCUCCUUUUCAUCCAAGUACACUCCUGCUAUUGAUAUUUGGAGCAUAGGUUGUAUAUAUGCAGAAUUGUUGACGGCGAAACCCUUGUUUCCUGGAAAAAAUGUCGUUCAUCAAUUGGAACUCAUAACCGAUUUGCUUGGCACUCCUUCGGCUGAAUCCAUUGCUCGAAUUAGUAAUGAAAAGGCUAGGAAGUAUUUGAGUAGCAUGAGGAAAAAGCGGCCAAUUCCUUUCUCAAAAAAAUUUCCAGAUGUAGACCGAUCAGCUUUGCGUAUACUUGAGCGGUUGCUGGCAUUUGAUCCUAAAGAUCGCCCAUCUGCUGAAGAGGCUUUAGCUGAUCCAUAUUUUGACGGACUAGCAGAUAAGGAGGAAGAACCUUCAAGGAAACCCAUUUCAAAACUUGAGUUCGAAUUUGAAAGGAGGAAAUUGACAAGAGAUGAUGUAAGAGAACUGAUUUACAGAGAGAUUUUGGAGUAUCAUCCAGAGAUGCUAAAAGAGUACCUUCGGGGCACAGAUCAGACUCACUUUGUUUAUCCAAGUGGAGUGGAUCGCUUUAAGGAACAAUUUGCUCAUCUUGAGGAAGGAGAUGGUACAAGUGACAGAAACAGCCCUCACCAUAGGAAGCAUGCGACCUCCUUGCCUAGGGAGCGAGUCUGCACAGCUGAUGAAACUGACAAUGCUUUAAAGCGCAAUGCAUCUUCUCUUUCUCGCGCAACUGUACAGAGCCCCCCAAAGUCGCAAGCUACAGAAGAACUGCAAUCUGCUAACCGAAAUGCUGUAGCUAUGCAGACCAGCUCCACUAAACCCAAGUGUGGCACACGUACUCUGUUGAAAAGUGACAGCAUUUGUGCUUCAAUGUGUGUGGGACUAAUCGGAAAUGAUCGCCAGGUACAUGCUCUCUGAUCAAUGUUGGGAUUCUACUUGCAAACCUUGAAGGGUUCCUACCGGAGGGUGGUUCAGAAAACAUGAAUUUAUUCAGCUAACAAACUGUUGGGGGUAUUAGAAUAGGUUACUGCUGCUAUGUUCCUAAUGAUGUACUACUGUAAACACUUCUAUUGCUUGCUUUCUGUAAUAACAUUUACAAACUACAAGCGCCGUGAAAAGCAGGCUUCAAAAAGUGGGGUACGAAGAAUGUACCGCUACAUGUUAUGCAUCUCUAGUUAAUUGUUACCAACUGUGCAGGUGAAAUUAAAUAGCUGGUUAUUGGUUUAUUUUAGAA